AUGAGCGGGGGAGCGCGCAGAGCGGAGUCCGGCGUUCAGCUGCUUGCUAGACUGGAAGGUCGAGCGUCACUUAAAGAACUUGAGCCAGUACUUUUUGCAAGCAUAGACUGUCCAGUUCAUGGUGAUAUAAUCGAAUUUCAUGGUGCUGAAGGGACAGGGAAAACGGAAAUGUUUUGUCAUCUAAUUGCACGGUGCAUCUUGCCUAAAUCCGAAGGUGGUUUACAGGUGGAAGUGACCUACAUUGACACAGAUUAUCACUUUGAUAUGCUGCGGCUGGUGACUAUUCUUGAACACAGAUUGGCACAGAGCAAUGAGGAGAUGGUGAAAGAGUGUUUGAGUCGUUUCUUCCUAGUCUGUUGCAACAGUAGCGUUCAGCUGCUUCUUACACUAUAUUCUCUAGAAAACAUGUUUUGCAGUCAUCCCACACUGUGCCUAUUAAUCAUAGAUAGCCUUUCUUCCUUCUACUGGAUAGACAGGAAUAAUGGGGGAGACAGCAUUGCCAAACAAGAGUCUAACAUGAGAAAAUGUAUUGAGCUUCUGGAUAAACUGCUCAAAGAUUACAAGCUGGUUCUUUUCGCUUCAACACAAACACUCAUGCAGAAAUUUUCUAAUGAUGCCAACAAAGGAUCUUCUCAUUCAGCAGAACCUCCUGCUCCCAUCUUGGACUUUAAGCCUUACCUUUGUAAGUUGUGGCAGCAUGUCACUACACAUAGGAUCCUCUUUUCAAAAGAUGCAAUGCAACCAGACAAUGUCCAGACGUUUUCCAUAAUAUCCCAUCACCUGAAGACCAACAGUUUCACUAGACACACGUUUGUAAUAGCUGAUUUUGGAGUGAAAUUUAUUUCUUGA